CACGGUGGGAAGUCAAUCGCCUUAUCGUAAUUUUGGCCCCACCUCUGCAUAGUGGUCUGCAGGUCUGUUUUGCCACUGCCCGCUGCAUAGAACUAGCGGCCUCGACACACUUGCCCUUAAUGCGGUUAAGGGGAGGUUCACAUAUGGAUCUCAACGAGGCUCAUCUGAUAGCAGACUGUGUUUUCUAGCCUCCCAGCGGCGGACAAACAUGGAACAGGUCUUGAUGUCCAGCCCGGGAGGCCACUCUGAAUGGGAUGGAGAUCAGAAUAGUCUGGGGUUCAUGCUUUUGAAUCCCAGUGACCCUGCAACGACGUGUGGAAAUGAAGAGACAGCUCAACAGACACUGCAUUUCGAGGAGGGAGGUCGGAAUGUUAUGUCUCUCAACCUGGGUGAAAUAUUCCAGGAAAAUGUCUUGCAUUUAGAUGACCUGUUUCGGACUCCCCAGUAUUCUGGUGUAGAGCAGGUAUUUUCAUGGGAGAAAGAUGCAGUGCACGCUCCUUCUCAGUGGGACAGUCACAACUCUUCUCCACAGGAUUCCCCGCCAAGCGAACAAAACGAGGCCCUAGAAGACAGCGUGAACCCUUGCACUCUCGCCAGCCCAGCUAGGACAAGUGCGGACCACCAGUUGGACGGGAAGACCACAGACACUCCUGAGACUUCAUCUGAGGUCACAGACUCACCUGUCAGCCUCUCCACUGUGGAGGAAGACCCAGGUGUGGACACACAAACACAGGAACCUUUGUCUUUGCAGGCACUCGUACACACGUCAGCUCAGGACCCACAACAUGUUUACACACAAGAAGAGAGUACGGCGUCGGCACACACGACUCUGCGUCUUGAUCACACACUCACUACUGGUGUGUGUUUGGAGCCUGUGGCUGCCUCGAUGGAAGCGGACACUCCCCUCACGUGCGAGGAGAAGAAUCAACAAAACUCAUUCACAGAGCAGCCUACGCCCCAGCUGUCAUAUGAGGAGGAGGACACUCCUCAGCAGAGAGAGCAGCAAACGCCGGAUAACGCAACAGAGUCAGAAAUGUGUCAAGGAAGUCUAGAUGGAGAAAGCAUACCUGUGGAAGCAGGAGUAGAACUGCUGGUAGAGACUGAGAGAACCCCUGCUGAAGAUACAUCUAAUCACAUAGAAACAGACAGACUAAUUGAAACAAACACUCCUGUGCCGUCGGCCUACGAUCCGGCUGACGAAAUAUCACACGGUCACGUUGCGAGUGUGUCGCCAUCUGAUGGAGAUAAUGCAUGUGAACAUCUGUUGUUUGAAGUGGAUCAUUUGCCUCUAAUAGCUACAGAGGCAGACACAUCUGGACACACACGUGAGUGCACACAACAGGAAGAAACCUUCUCUGAACAAGCACUACAUCCGCACGGGUCACUGGAUAGCAGAACUGGGGAAGACAUACCUGAAAUCGCUCCAAGUGCCGCCAUUUCAAUUCAUUUGCAAAAAGAGAUUACAGAAGUUGAGGUGGUUUUAGAAGAUGUGACUGACAUCGAAAAUCAUAAACAAACUGAUCAGCACACAGAGUGCAUGGAGGCAGGACUGACUGACAUUACAAUAGGCAAACAGGAGGAGCAAAGGGGUGACCUGUACAACACUACUGGCCCAUUAGAAUCAUAUCAACCCAAACAAGAAGAAGCCACAACUGAACAAACAGUUGAAGGUGACAUUUUGCCUGAAUGGAUCUUUCAGGUGAAUCCAUCGGAAGCAGAGACGUGUGAAGCCGUGUCCGAAGGAGACGACACGUCUGACAUUUUACUUGAAGCUGAAGCAUAUCAGCACACACUUGAAGGAGGCAUUAGUUCUGAAUGUGGCCAAGGAACGGGGAGGUCAGACCACUUAGUUCAACUCGCCCCUGAAGGCGAUGCUUCUUCAACUGCAGAGGAACUUAAGCACACGCCUCUGGCAGAUGGUGCUCCUGAACAACCACAGGGGGUGGAUGUCAUCAGAGUAGGUAGCACAUCUGAUUCUUCCUUGAGCGGCACAAAUCCAUCAAAUCAGAGAGGUACACUUGAAUCAGAAGGAUCAGAAGCCGUACCAACAGGCACAGCUAAUAGUUCAUUCACACACAACCUGGAAAACACAGAGGCUAUCUGUGAUUCUGUAAACAGCAAACUGGUAACAAAAGAUGUGACCACAGUUGAAAAGCAUUGUUUAAUUCCAUUGGACUUGCCUGACAUUGAAAAUGGAGAAAUAGACAGUACGCUCUCAUUGAGUGUAGAAACUGUACAAAAGGAGGCUUCCGAACACAAUGACAGGACAGACAUGCACACAUGUGAAAACGGGCACAACACUGAUGUGUCCAGUGCCAACACCACAGGCACACACACUGAGAAUAAUGUGGUGGCAUCCACCUCUCACCAACCCAAGCUUUCAUGCCUUCCUGACCCUGAAAACGCAUCAGAACUGGACACCACCAGCCCCGACCAACAGACUGUGGAUGGGUAUGCCUCUCAUGUUGAAGCAGUGAGUGACAAUGGUAUCACCAUACAGCCUCAGGAAAAACCAUGUGCGCAUGCCCUCCCGCCAGGCAGCGAAAGCGCAUCUGCACCUGACAGUUGCCUGACAGAUGGUCCGUCAGAAUCCAUCACAGCGCGUGCCAAGGAUCAGGACGCCUCCCUCACACCAGGUGGCCCUCCCCUUCUCCCCACCUGUGCAGGUGAGCAGCCCAGUGAUGUGGCGGGUGGGGCCUCUGAGUCUGAGCAGACCUGCCCAGCCAAUCAGGCUCCAGCUGAGUUGAAAGGGCACCGGGAAGGGGAGGGGGAGGAGCAGGUGGAGGAGGCAGAGAGACUCGCUCUCAACCAGUCCAGCUCCAACCAGGUAACCCAAGCCCCUGACAAUGGCAGCUCUCCCGCAGAGACGACUAACGACACGCAUGAGUUGAUGGAGGUGAAGAACAUGCCGGCUCUGCCCGAGUAUGAGAGCCUGGGCUUGGGCCCGGAGCCACCAGCGUGCAGCGUGGAGGUACCGAGCCCCAGCGGUGGCGGCUGUAGCCCUAUCCCCCUAGCCAUGGGCUCCUCCACAGCGGACCCCCUCAGAGCCGUCUUCCAGGCCCUGGACCAGGAUGGGGACGGAUUCGUGCGCAUGGAGGAGUUCCUGGAGUUUGCCGCCGCGUAUGGGGCCGAACAGGUGAAAGACCUGACUCGCUUUCUGGAUCCCAGUGGCCUUGGUGUCAUCAGCUUUGAGGACUUCCACCGUGGCAUCACAGCCAUCAGCAGUGGAGGUUCGGAUCCAGACCUCUACAGACUGGAGCUCGGUGCCACAGAUGCAGGUGUACCAGCAGAGGAGUACGAUGAGCAAGCGGAGGUGUCGGACAGCGUGUACCUGGGCUCGGAGAGUGCCUACAGCGAGUGCGAGACGUUUACGGAUGAGGACACGGGCGCGCUGGCUCCCCCCGAGCUUCACGAGGACGUGGAGACGGACAGCGGCAUCGAGAACACUCUGACCGAGGGGGACGACCACCACCGAAACAGGUUCUCUCUGGGGGCCGACUUGCAUGGCCACGGCCUGACGGCUGUGAUUGGCGGCGAGGAGGAGCACUUUGAGGACUUCGGGGAGAGCAACAACACCUCCGACCUGCUGCUGGCCAAUCACGAGGAAGAGUCCACGAGACCUGGACCCGAGGGGGCAGGAGAUCCGGAGCCACUCGCAGAUGCCAGGAGCCCCAAUCGCUGUGCGCCCGUGCUGUCACCCAGCUCGGGCAAGAGGCUGUCCAGCAAAAAAGCAGCAAGGCUCCUCCAGAACAGCGCCCUGGGUCUGGAUAGCAUGGGAGACCUGAGCCAAGGCCUGCUGGACCUCACAGACACAGACCUCACUGACAAGGUGCUGCUGCUGGAGCGUCGCGUGUGCGAGCUGGAGCAGGACUCGGCGGUGAGCGAGGAGCAGCACGGGCGUCUGCGGCAGGAGAACCUGACCCUGGUGCACCGCGCCAACGCCCUGGAGGAGCAGCUGAAGGAGCAGGAGCUGCGGGCCGAGGAGACACUCCACCUGCACGCGCGCAAGCACCGCGACGCCCUGGCCAAGCUGCAGAGGGAGCGGGACCUGGAGAUAGAGAACCUGCAGGCCCGAGUGCAUCAGCUGGACGAGGAGAACAGCGAGCUGAGGUCGUGUGUGCCCUGUCUGAAGGCCAACAUCGAGCGUCUGGAGGAGGAGAAGCGUAAGCUACAGGAUGAGGUGGAGGACGUGGCGGAGCGGCUAAACGAGGAGCUGGACUCGCGAAGGAAGAUGGCCGACAAGCUGAGCCACGAGCGCCACAACAACCAGAAGGAGAAGGAGUGCAUGCAGGAGCUGAUUGAGGACCUGCGUAAGCAGCUGGAGCACCUGCAGCUCUUCAAGCUGGAGACGGAGGCCAAGAGGGGCCGCUCCCCCAGCGCCGGGCUGCAGGAGUACAACACACGCACACGCGAACACGAGCUGGAGCAGGAGAUACGCAGACUCAAACAGGACAACCGGAGUCUAAAGGAGCAGAACGAUGAGCUGAACGGUCAGAUCAUCAACCUGAGUAUCCAGGGGGCCAAGAGUCUGGUCACGGAGUCCUUCUCAGAGUCGCUUGCUGCCGAAAUCAACUCUGUGUCUCGUGGAGAGUUGAUGGAGGCCAUCCACAAGCAGAAGGAGAUCAACUUCAGGCUACAGGACUACAUCGACAAAAUCAUCGUCGCCAUCAUGGAGUCCAACCCCUCCAUUUUGGAAGUCAAGUAGUUAGUAGGCCGCCAGCCUGGCAAUACCACCAACUGCUCUUUACAGAGACAGCCGCACUGCAGAGACCUAUAUACUGGCUUCACUGGAUGCAAAGACACAAGGAGAUUAAAGACAAUGGAGAUGGAUGAACCUUUAACAUAAUCGCCCAUAUUACUGAGGAUGAGUGUUGUUUCACUGUCUAAGCCAUCUUGUGUGUGUGUGUGUGUGUCUGUGUGUCUGUGUGUGAGACUGAAUGCAGGUUCCAGUGACAUCCCUUUGUUUUGGGACGAGGGGCCUUAGGUUCCUCUGUCUCACCGUGCAUGUGUGUGUGAGUGAGUGUGCGUGCACACAUCCUUUGUGAUUGUGCCUUGCAUGGAAGUGCAAUACAUGUAUAUUAUUUUACUUACAUUUGUACACAGACAUUUCAAACCCCCCAACCACCCCACCGCCCCUUUUGGCACUGCUGGCAAAUAUUCUCUAAUUUCCCCCCCACCCAAUGUAAUGCCUAUGAAGCAUUAUGCAGUUUUGGAAGUGUGACUCCAGAUCACCGUCUGGUCACACUUGCAUACUACUGUCUGUGCGGAGAAUUAUAACAUGAUUGUCUUUAUCGUCGUCCCCCCCCCAUUAGCCAUGUUUGCCGUGUAUUUAUCAUACUCAUUCCAUAUGAAUCAUUCACGCCAUGUUACCCACGUGAGGGACCACAGAGAGUGGAGAGAUGGAAGUGUGUCCCGAGGGUCAAAGGUUGUGAGAGAAAAAAUAUUAUUUUGUGAGUGUGUGUGUGUUUGUUUGUGUUGUCAUUUGUUUUUGCUCGUCUUUGAAGGGAGUUCCGGAUGAUGAUGUUGUCAUUUAAAAAGGAUCACCUGUCACUGUCAUGCACUGGCCUUUAUGUUCAUAUAUAUAUAUAUAUAUAUGAAUAUUUUAAUUUAUUGCAAUGAUGCGGAAUUCAAGGGAUUGAAGCUUGUGGCUAGCUGACUACACAGAACUUGACAGCACACCUUAGCAAGCCCACAGAGGGACCGCUUUUGCUGCUGUGGCAUUGAAAAAAAAAAUGAAACAACGCAAUGGCUUGUGGGUGAUGUAGUUCCAAUCCUGCAUAGUUCUGCUGAGUGAAAAAGGAAGUGAGGACACCAACUGCAUCACUGUUGUGUGUAUACACUCUGCCUAAAGAAGAAGAAAAAAAUCAAACUACAAAAAUGGUGCGCUAAAAUGAGGACAUGACAAUAUGGAGAAGCUGUCAGUCUCUCUCUCUUUCUUUCUCUCUUUCUUUCUCUCUUUCUCUCUCUCCCUUUCACUCUUCUUGGAUCAAGAGGAGAUCUUGAACAUUUUCUCUGAACAUGUGUGUAUAUUUGGAUAUGAAGGAUUCACGGGACUGUCUGCGGAAAUGUACAUAAUAAACGCAAGAGUAUGUGUAUGAGGGUCUACACAGGGAGCAGUUAGGGAAACCUGCUCUCUGGAUAGAAGCGCACAUCCCCAAUCAACCAAACCGCUCUGCACGCUCUUAGGCCUUGUCACUCCCCACGUCCACCUGGCCCGCUCAGAAGCUGACUUCCAAAAGGCCUUGGUUUAAAAAAAAAAAAAAAAGAAAGACAGAAGGAAAGAAAACCGACUUCUGCCUGUAAAGUCUGUGUUUUCUACAUGCUGACUGUACUGUAGGUAUAUUUUGUAGAGUUUUUUGUUUUGUUUUGGUUCAUUUUGUCUUCCUCUGGGAUGACUUGCGUUCCUGUGUGGCGUGUUCUCAACAGCGUUGGGAACCCGGUUGCACAUUUGCUUGUUAUUAAUAACAUGUUGAUAUUUAUUCUUGGAACCACGUUGGCUUGCCCAAAUCUAACCACCAAUUUGUUUGAAAAAGCUGCUGCUUUCCAUGCUCUGAAGGGAAUAUUGUUAUUUCCUAAUCUUUGGGAGGCAGGGCUGGUUAUUACGAUACUGGUGAGGGAAUUAAUCCUAGAGUCGUUCUAGUCUGGGAAAUCCUAUUGUUAAAAAAAGUUGCUCCUACACUGGAGCGUUUCUUGUCCUGACACCCUUUAGAGAUCACUGGUUUUGCACUUCCGCACUCUCAUUGGGCCUGCCCCCGCUUUGUUCCUGGCCCCAAAUGGUUAAUCCUGAGCUUUCUAUUGGCUGCUGGGCUGUGGAGCGAGAGAGUCCAAUUCUGGCCUCAGGUUAGGGGCUCUUGCAAGAGGACCACAGGGUUACACCUGAUGCACUUUAAAUGAAGUUGAAAAUAUUGAAGGAAGAAAAAAAUGUGUGGAAAAAAGUAAAAUCUUGGACAAUUCUGGCUCUAUGGCAACCAAAGAGUGUAGCAAAAAGGCUCAAAGCCUGGUUCCUCACUCCGAUUUAUUUUGUUUUUGCUCUGACUGGUGCAUGUGUGUGUGGUUGUGUGCACCUCAUUCACAUUCUUUUUGGGUCCCCGCUGAGUGUGCACACUCUCUCACACACACACACACAUGUACUCUGUAUUCUGUUCAGUCACAAUAUACUGUGUAAAUAUGCGAAUAAAUGAACUGUUGUUCUUUUUCUGUGGACUCACACCUUAGCUUCCAAAGAUGCAAGUACAGAGCUCGCCAUACUGGAAAGCUCGACCUGCCACGCCAUAUACACAAAAACAAACAAGAAACGACAACAAAAAAACAGCUAGAAAGCAAAAUAUACAACAACACAUAAUCUCAUUGUAAUGAAGGAUUGAAUUGUAAAGUGAAGUUUAUUACUGUCGUGAAGGACACAUGUAUAAAGGCUAAGAUCAGUAUUGUAGAUGUAACACUUAUUGUUUGGGGGAUUAUAGAUUUUCAAGUAUAAUUCUGUAAAGAUGAUAUCUGAAAUAAAAAUAGAGAGAAAUAAAUCAAGUUGAAAUACA